AUUAAAAGGAAAAUCCGAAUAUUCUGAUUGGGAAGACCAAUAUUCAGCAUUAGAAAUAAUUAAACUUGAACAAAUUCUUCAUGAAAAAAAUACUUUACCUAGAGGUGUAACCGAUAUUGAUUAUGAGUUUAGGGUUCCCGGUAAUUUACCACAAACUUAUAGAACUAAUUUUGGAGCUAUUUUUUAUAAAUUGGUUGCCGUCGUUCAACCAGCUUCUUUAAUGUCAAAAUAUACUAGAGUUGAAAGAAGCGUUGAUGUUUUAAGACAUUAUUUACCUUGUAGGAGAGAGCUUUUACCUGCUCCUCCACAAAAAAUUUAUAAGGGUGAAAGAAAGGAUAUUAUAAACUUUGAGUUGGAACUUCCUACAAUCAUUUGCGUUAAUGAAAAAAGUUUAUUAAUCAGAUUAAGAUUAUGUCCAAAAAGCGACCAAGACAUGGAUGAAUUUUCGGUCGAUCCUGCACAUUUAGUUUCCAUUGUUCCAUUAAAUGGAUCACCAUUAACAAAACGUAAACGAACUUAUCCUAUAGCCCCGACAACACUCAAUGUUUCCAAUGAAACCGACAAUUGGAAUAAUCCAUUGAUUUAUAACCUUCC